GCAAGGUGCAGGGAAACUUGGCUCUCGGUGAAGCAGGGUCAUGAAGAAGAGGCGGUGGCGGGAGGAAGGAGGAGGUGGUGGGGGCGUGAAACUGCGGUAGCUGCCGGCCGGGCUGGUGCGGGUGCUCUGUGGGGAGGGCUUGGUUCCGAAAGCCUCUCUCGGGGCCGCGGCCGGGGCUCGGGGCUGAGCGCGGCGCCGGGGCCGCCUCCCCGGGCCCCCUGGCUCCGCCAUGUUCCGCCGGGCACGCCUGAGCGUGAAGCCGAAUGUCAGGCCUAGUGUGGGCGCUAGAGGCUCCGGCGCCGCCGCCCCGCAGCGUGGACCCGAGCCUGCUCGGCCCCCGGAGCCCGCGGCGCCCGCGGCCCCGCCGCCAGCCGAGCCCGCGGAGGAGGCGCCGGCGGAUUUCGGGGGAGCGGAGCCCCAGGAGCAGGCUCCCAGGAGCAGUGAUGAAAAGACCGAUGGUGAGAAUGAUGUUGUUGAAGAAUCCAGUAAAUCUUCCUCUAUUGUUUCACAGAGAAGAAAGCGAGUAUCAAGUACUUCUAGUGUGGUUAAGCCUAAUGUCAGUGUUCCUUCAGAAUCUCAGCCCUUGUCUACAGUUAACUCAGAAGCUCCUACACCAAGCCCGGUUCCAACAGCAGAGAAACAGCCAUGCUCAGAUAGAUAUCGGAUAUAUAAAGCCCAGAAACUGAGAGAAAUGUUAAAAGAAGAACUGAGAAAGGAGAAGAAACAAUGGAAAAACAAGUACGCCACAAGUGAAAGUCAGAGGCCUCCAGAUCGUUCAAAAAUGACCAUGAGAGACUUCAUAUAUUAUCUGCCAGAUAAUAAUCCAAUGACUUCUUCACUGGAGCAAGAAAAGAGAACGGAAAAGUCCUUGACAACAGUCCAGAGCAAAGAGCAAGAAAGUAAGAACCCUCCUGAUACUGAAGAUAAUGAAGACAUAGAAGAAGAGGCGGAUGAUGGGCCGUUGCUUGUUCCUCGAGUAAAAGUGGCAGAAGAUGGUUCUAUUAUUUUGGAUGAAGAAAGUUUAACUGUAGAAGUGUUAAGGACAAAAGGCCCCUGUGUUGUUGAAGAAAAUGACCCCAUAUUUGAGCGUGGCUCUACAACUACGUAUUCCAGCUUUAGGAAAAACUAUUAUUCCAAACCGUGGUCAAAUAAAGAAACAGAUAUGUUCUUUUUAGCCAUCAGCAUGGUGGGAACUGACUUUUCUAUGAUCGGACAGCUUUUUCCUCACAGAGCAAGGAUAGAAAUUAAGAAUAAAUUUAAGCGUGAAGAGAAAACCAAUGGAUGGAGGAUUGAUAAAGCAUUUCAGGAAAAGCGUCCUUUUGACUUCGAUUUUUUUGCUCAUUUGCUUCAGAAAGUUCUUGCUGAAGAAGAGAAAAGAAAACAAAAGUCUGUAAAAAGUCAGCCUUUAAGGGAGAAGAAAUCUUCUAAACCACAGAAAAAUGUGAAAGCGAAGAAAGUUACCAGUGAAGGAGUCAGUGAUGAUCCUGAUGAGUCUGUAGGCACUAAAGUUUCAGACACAGAAGGACUUCAGAAAGAUGCUCAGACAAUUGAAGAACAGUCUUCAGCAUCAUCGGAGCAGGAUUUGGAACAGGGUACAUCAGAGUCAGACCUAAAUCAAAACAAAAGGAGAAAGAAGAAUCGGGAUGAAAGUGGCAAACAGGCAGUCAAAAAUCAAUUAGAAAAUACCACUGCUCAGCCAGUGCCUUCUGAAGAAGAGAAACAGGAUGAUAAAUGUCAGCCUUUAAGGCCUGAGAUAAGUGAAGAUGAUGGCAAUAAGGAGCAUGUGCUUUUCUGCAAUCAGAACUCAGAAGACAUCGAUUUCUCCACUGAAAAAGCUGAGAAAAGAACUGAUCCUAUUCUUUCUUCAAGUAGUCAGCAGGAUGCCACGUCAGUCAGAGGUGAGACCUUGGAAUCAUGUGCUGUAGAUUCCCCUCCACCAGACAUCGAUGUGGGAGCCUUGUGUGCGCUCAGCCUUGCUGAGGGUAGUUCUACAGAAAAAAGAACUGUGGAUGUAGAAAGUAAAACUCUGGAAGCUGAUCAAGUAGAAAAUGUUAAACCCAAAGUGAGAGGACGACUCCAGAGACCUAAACCCAAUUUAUCAAGGGCAGUUGGGAAGAAACCAGUUCUUACACAAAGCAAAACACUUGCAGAGAGCAAGAGUUUGCAUCCAGAAACUUCCGUUGAAAAGAGUAACAUGGAGAAGGAUGAAGUGAAUACAGCUGACAUUUCUGUAAUGGAGAAUACAACAGAGGUGAAGGAUGCAGAUGCUGAGGCUGUAUCUAAUUCGAGUGAAAAAAUUUGUCCGCAGGAAGAUGACGAACCAAAGGUUUUCAGACCUGCACGACUAUUAAGAGGACGAUUGCAAAGGCCGAAGCCAAAUAUAAGUAAAGCUGCUGAAAGAAAAGAGACUCCAGCGUCACAGGAUAAAAAUGGGGCUAAUGUAGAAAAGAGUGAAAUUCAAUCCUGUGCUGAUAGAAAUACUCCCGAGCAAGUAGAUGACAAGUCAUGUAAAAAUUUUGAAUGUGAAAAUGUCGUGUCACAACCUGAGAAAAAUGAUUCUUCUCAGAAUAUACAAUUAGAUGACCAUGCGGCUCCUAAUGAAUGUCUGAGUAGUAUUCAAGAGGAUAGUACAUCAAACAUAUUCAAACAAGUUCCAAUUCUAAAGACUCGAUUUCAGAAACCAAAGCCAAAUAUAGGAAGAGGAACUAGAAAAAGAGAAAUGUUCUCUAAGGAGGAGGUAGCAGAGGAGAUUCUUGCCUCUGAGAAAAUGACAGCAGCUUUGAGAGAAAUUGCAAGACUGGAAAUCUCACCAAGGGAGGAGGUACCCGUGGAGGUUGAUAAUACUCAAGAAAUAAAUUCUUGUUUAAAAGAAUCUGGAAGAAGAGAUAUAUCUCCCAAGGAGAAGAUUGCAGAGACAGUUGACACCACUGAAGAAAUGGAAACAGAUUUGAAAGAAACUGGAAUGGAGAUUUCAUCAAGUCAGACAGUAGCAGAGGUGACUGAAGUCAUCGAGGAAGAAGAGUUAGGUUUCAAAGAAACUGAAGUAGAGAUUUCACCAAGUGAAUCAGUACCUGAGAUGACUGAAAUCAAUGAGGAAAAAGAGUCACGUUUGAAAGAAACUGGGGUAGAGAUUUCACCAAGCAAGACAAUAUCAGAGAUGACUGAUGUCAUUGAAGAAAAAGAGUCAGAUUUGAAAGAAAUUGUAGAAGAGAUUACACCAUAUCAGAGGAUAGCAGAGAUGAUAGAAAUCACUGAGGAAGAAAAGUCAGAUUUGAAAGAAACUGGAGAAGAGAUUACACCAUGUCAGAGGAUAGCAGAGAUGAUAGAAAUCACUGAGGAAAAAGAAUCAGAUUUGAAAGAAACUGGAGAAGAGAUUACACCAUGUCAGAGGAUAGCAGAGAUGAUAGAAAUCACUGAGGAAAAAGAGUCAGAUUUGAAAGAAACUGGAGAAGAGAUUACACCAUGUCAGAGGAUAGCAGAGAUGAUAGAAAUCACUGAGGAAAAAGAGUCAGAUUUGAAAGAAACUGGAAAAGAGAUUACACCAUGUCAGAGGAUAGCAGAGGAAAUCACUGAGGAAAAAGAGUCAGAGUUGAAAGAAACUACACCAGAGAUUAGAGAAGAGAUUACACCAUGUCAGAGAAUAGCAGAGGAAAUCACUGAGGAAAAAGAGUCAGAUUUGAAAGAAACUGGAGAAGAGACUACACCAUGUCAGAGGAUUGCAGAGAUGAUAGAAAUCACUGAGGAAAAAGAGUCAGGUUUGAAAGAAACUGGAGAAGAGACUACACCAUGUCAGAGGAUUGCAGAAAUGAUAGAAAUCACUGAGGAAAAAGAGUCAGAUUUGAAAGAAACUGGAGAAGAAAUUACACCAUAUCAAAGGAUAGAGAUGAUUGGAAUCACCGAGGAGAAAGAGCUAGAUUUGAAAGAAACUGGAGAAAUGAUUACACCAUAUCAGACUAUAGAAAUGGUUGAAAUCACUGAGGAAAAUGAGUCAGAUUUGGAAGAAACUGGAGAUGAGAUUAUACCAUAUCAGAGGAUAGCAGAGAUGAUAGAAUUCUCUGAGGAAAGAGAGACAGAUAUGAAAGAAAUUGAAGAGAUCACACCAUUUCAGAUAGCAGAGAUGAUAGAAAUCACUGAGGAAAGAGAGACAGAUAUGAAAGAAAUUGAAGAGAUUACACCAUGUCAGAGGAUAGCAGAGGAGAUUGAAAUCACUGAGGAAAGGGAGACAAAUUUAGACGAAACUAAAAGAAAAGAAAUACCUCCAAAUGAAGGAGUCUCAAAUGAGGUCAACACAAUUGGUGAAGUAGAGACAGAUUUGAGGGGAACUGAAAAAGAAAUUUCCCUAACGGAAAGGCCACUGGUGGGGAUCAGUGCCAUAGGGGAAAGGGAGGUUUUUAUGAAAGAAACUGGAAAAGGAGAUAUGUCCUUGAUGGAGAAAAUACCAGGAAAGGGGACUGGCACUGCGGAAAGGAAGGCAGAUUUGAAAGAAACUCAAGAGGACAUUUUCUUCAUGAAAAGCAGAUCAGAAGAAACUGGUGCUGCUGAGGAAAUGGUGGCAGAUUUAAAACCAGUGAGACCUGUAGAUGUUUCUUUAAGGGAAAAUAAAACCGAGGAGACUGGUACCUUAAGACAAACUGAGAGAGACCUGACACAGGACAGUUGUGACCGCAGCGCCAGUCCUUCUCUGAAUGCCAGUAACAUUAGCAGUGAACUUCUUCCCAUGGUACAAACUUCUGUAGAAGUAAAAACAAGUUCUGAAAUGGAAAUGUCAAGUUCAGUGCACUCUUUGCAAAUUUUGGACUACAGUAUAAUAGAAGAUCAAGGGAUGCACUCUACAGAUAUUCAAGAGCAGUUUUCAGAUGUUAAUAUAAGCACAUCGCUUCCUGAAGAGCAGAAGCCAGCUGAAGUUAAGCCGGCACCUUUUGUGAGGAGCCGAUUUAAAAGACCAAAACCAAACUUGGCAAGAGCAGCUUUGAAAAGAGAGACCCUGGCAGCAAAAACACCUGUUCCUGGGAAGAAAUUGGAAACUGCUAGAACAGAGGGUGUAGUGCUGGCACAGAGCACGGUCCUGUCUGAGCAGCAGGAUGUGGCUCCUCUCACGACAUCAGGAGAGAAAGACGAGUCAUGUCCCAGGGAGGGGGCCGAUGGGGCACUGCCUGGCAUGCACCCUGAGCGGGAUCUUGUGCCGACAAGUUCUGGUGGAUCUAAAGAGGAGGCUGAGUCUGCGCCAACCUGGGAAGAGGAUGUCGCUGUUUCCCUGGGAACUCAGAGUACAAACAGUUUGCAACAAGAGAUAAAGGAAAACACAACUCAAAGUGCUGUUCCAGUGAGGGGCCGGCUUCAGAGACCCAGACCAAACCUCAGAAAGGCUGGGCAGAGGCAGGUAGCAGCAGGAGUUGAAGCCAGAGGUGGGACACUUGAGGAUCGAAGAACAACAUUACAAAAAGAGGAAGCAGAAAAGAAAUUGCUAGAUGCGGCAAAUUCUCAGCUUGGAAUUGAAAUUGAAGUUGUAUCCUCCAAAAUUUCAGAAUGCAGAAUGAAUGAUAUUUUAGAUGAACAGAAAAGUCACGAGCAUAAAGCACAUGUUCCUAGUCCAGCACCGUUGGUAAGAAGGCAGUUCCAAAAGGUUAAGCCAAAUCUGGGACGAGCACAUGGCAAGAGAGAGGAGCGCUGUCCAGGAAAAGGCAGGGCUGGUCAGAGCCAGGCGAGGGAGCCAGUAGAGAAUUGGCUGCAGCAAGGAAAUUCUGACACCCAGCUGCUUGAAAAAGACAAGUUUGAGCUUCAGACUUCUCACGAGAUUUCAGCAAGAAAGGAUGGUGUAGUAGGUUCCACAGAGCCUGGUUUGACCAGGAAAGGUGCUCAGUCAGAAGUUAGGCCAUCAGCGAGUAUUGGAGAAAGAACUGUAGGGGAUAAUCCUGUGUCUUCCAUUAUUAAAGAGCAGCAUCUCAAUAAACCACCCAGUUGUCCACAGCUCUUAAAAGAGUCAAGUUAUUCUAAAACUGCUUUGGAUCGAAGAACAGCAAGCUCUUCUAUCUCUGAGCGCGAAAUAGAUCAGAGUGAAAGGAGAAUGCACAGAAAGAUCAAAUCAAAUGCUGCUAGAGGGCGUGGAUCAAAACGGGUGCGGAGUAAGGCCCCUAAGAAGGAACCUCGAACUUCAAAGGCCAUGCUGGUGACGCUUCGUGCUUCCCAGGAAGAAGAGGAUGAUGAUGUUGAUGAUUUGGACCUUGACUAUGAAGAAGAAAGCUAUCAUCUUGCUCCUGAAGAAGUGAACAAAGCGCCGGUAUUCGUGCCCAUUGGUCUCAGAUCUCCUGAACCCGUUACUGCUCAGAUCGAAGAAACAAUGGAAGAGCUUGAAAUAACCAUGGAUGUCCCAGAUGUUGGAUGUAUAACAGUUGUUGAACAGGAGCUGCUAAACGUAGAAGUGAAUCCUCAGGAAGUGAAACAAGAUGUCAGUGAGAAUAUGCUAACAGUUGAAAUAACCACAAGUGAACACACCCAAAAUGAAGCAGGGCCCAGUGACGGGAACGCUGAAGCUGCCGUAGCCUUGCUCACAGUGGGAGACGUGCUGCUGCAGUCCCAGAUCAGCGUGGAGCAGGGCCAAGUAGGAAUAUGUGUACUUCCUGAUGUUCAGUCAAGGGAUAAAAACCAUAUUCCUUUUAGCCCAGAUCAUGUAAAUCACAGCAUUGUGCACGAAUGCCAGGACCUUUCUUCACCUGUGACUACUACAUCUUCCUCAUCAUUGAAAGAAAACAAGAUUGUACUGGAUGGGCAAAGUACUACAGAAAAAAUUGAAUUAAUGGAGGAAGCAAAGGAAGAAACUCUUUCAAACAGGAAUACAGCUUCUGAAGUGACCAAUAAUUUGAAAAUGAGAAGUAGAUUUGCCAAACCUAAGGUAAAUCUUACGAAGAUUUUAGGGACCAAUAGUGUUGGUGCUCAUCCUAAUUUGUCUGGAACCAAAGGGGAAGAAGAGGAAAUUCACAGAGAAACUGAGAAAAGUGCUUCUGAUACGGCAGAAUUAGAAGAGAACCUUGAAGCAGUCACAGCAGCAGAAAGCUGGGAGCAAAGCAGAUUGGCAGAUGUGAUCGGUGUCCAGGGGUCCCUGGAGCAUGGGAACCUGACUGAGAGGAAUGAAGAUCAGGAGGUGGAGCACCAGCAGGCUCAGAUACUUUCAGUUGCUCCAGUUGUUUCCUCGGAUCCAAGCUGUUCCCCGCUCACACUUGGCUUGAGUGAGGCUCUCAGUGAGAGUCCCACAGAUGCGCCACCGGCCCAGGGCUCAGAGGGCUGCAGUGUGCUCACGCUCCAUGUGCCAGAGUGUAUAUCAACUAGUAUUCCGGAAAUCCAAGAAGAGAAUGUAAUCGGUUCUCAAGAUCUAACAGUGAAUGUCAUUGCUGCUGAUGUACAACAAGAUAAUGAAGAUGAACAUACAUUCAUCUUAACUCUGGUGGAAAUCCCAGCCAAUGAAGUGGAAGAGUUUGCUGACACAACCACCCAGUUGAUGCCCAACCCUUUACUUCCAGCACCCAUCUUGCUCAAGUCAGUGAAUAACGAAGAAACGGGUGACAUGAGUAUGAAUUUCCCAGUAACUCCCAUCAGUCAGGAUGCCAUGUGUUUAUCUGACUCUGGAGGAGAAUCUGAAAAGCCUCCGGCCAACUUGGAUGUAUCAAGGAAGAGAUUUCAUUGUAGCCUUGAUGAGAGUGACAGUGUUCCUCCUGCCAAGAAAAGUUCAUUUGCUUCAGUGGAUAAUUGUGAGAAAUAUUCCUCUGAGGUGUGUUCAAAGGAAUUGGUGAAUGUUUUUGAAGAAACAGGGGCAUCACAUAAGGAACAAAACAAUGUCCCUACUUCAGGAAGUAUACCUACCACUCCAAAAUCUCAGAAGAGGCAACUUGAACCUUCCACUCUUCAAAGCAUAGGCUCCAGGUCGCUUGAUAAAAUAACAGACAGGCAACUAGAAAAGACUCCACCUCUCUUACCUCAGGACAAAAUGGUCGUUUCUGAUAAGGAAGAAAGGACUUGCUCUGCUUCUAAGUCUGAACAAAUGCAUAACAGACCUUCAUCUUCAAAAACCUCGCUCUCCAGACCUGGCAGAAGACCCUUGGGAUUUUUGUCUUUAAUAUGUUCAAAGAGUAGUUUGGAGUCUGAUGAACCUACUCAGUUUCAUAAAAAGAAGCGCCCCAAGCCUCUUAUCCCUGUAGCAAGACAGAAUUUGAAAAGAUCGAACCCACCCAGUGAAAGCCAGAAAACAAACCCGGAGUCCUCUGAUGUGCUUCCAUCUUCAAGUGGUGCCAGUACUGCAUCUGAGAACCUCAACAGUCCGGCUGCAGCCUCUCAGGUUUCUUGUGACCAUCCCUUACUGGAAGAAAAAUGUAAAAGUGGCCCAAACCAGGCACCUGGGGAGGAGCCAACAACAGUGUCUGAGUAUUUCUUUGGUGAUAUCUUUAUUGAAGUGGAUGAAACAUAAUGAAAACCUUUUUCUUUUUUCUUUUUAAGCCUGAAAUUUCCAGGGUCCAGUCUCUCAUCAAAGCAGUAUUAGAAAAAAAGCAUCAAAAACUUUUCUACUUUCCUUUAGAUUGAUUUUGACUAUUUAAUGAGCUUGGUUUAGAAACUUUUAUAAUCAGUGAAAAACAUUGCCGAAGUUCUCAUUCUGAUAGAUUGAACCUUUUGGAAGCACCACGCCAUGAAGACUGGCUUUCUUAGACAGAAAUGGCGACUCUUGUUUACAUUUUAACUCUUCCUGUGCUGAGCACACGUGGACAUUUUAGAAUGUCAUGAGUGAUUAUCUUUAUAAAUCAUAGUGCUAACAUAUUUGGAGGUGGGUUGUGUUUAACUUCAUAUGUGAGGGUUUUUUUCUGUUUUUUUCUUUUUUUUUGUUUUUGUUUUUCUUGAUGAUGAAGGUCUUUUUAACUGAUAAUAUGGUAAAUGUUAAAAAAAAUUUCUAUUUUCAGCUAUUUGACUAAAAAAAUAAGUAUUUUUCUAACUCAUUUUGGUGUAAUAUUAGUCCUAAUUGAAAAGUUAGUAUUUAAAACUUAUUUAUAGAGAUAGAACAUCAAAAGACUUAUUUAUUUUUAAAGUUUUUAUUUAAAAGGAUAUUCAGUUUUAAUUAUAUUCAACCCUCAGAUUUUGGGUAAAGAAGGCAUUAACAAGUAUGUUUGUCUCCUUUCACUUAUUAAAUUUUAGGAUAUUUAAAGCAAUAUUACAGAAACGUUCUGAUAGUGUAUAUGUUUUGAACACAUUUUUUUUCCAUAGUGUAAUGACUUUGUACUGUGAAUUUUUUUUUUCAAUCUCAGGACUUGUAUGGGGAAAAAAAAACCUUAACUCCAUUUUAUAAAGCAACUAUCCAUACCAAAUUUAAUUUCUCAUCUGCACACACGUGUGCACGCACAGAGGGUUUUUUGUUUUUUCAAGAAAAAAAAAAUUUCUGAUUUUUUUUUCACCCAUUAAAUUUUACUUGAGGAGUAUUUAGAUUAUUUGUUUUGUUUUGUGAUUUUGGGUCAUACCCCAGAUGGGGCUUACAAGCUACUACCACCACAUUUCUCUGGGUUGUCUUAGGACUCUGCAGUACCGGGGAUUGAACCAGGCUCCCAGAUAUGAGACAUGUGCUCUGGCCCUUCAGGAUAUCUUCCCUGCCCCAUCAUUUUGAUUCUGUGAAACACAGACAUAAUUGGGAUGAUAACCAUAAGACUGUUAGUUAUCAUCAUCUGUGUAAAUUUAGAGUUUUUUCAUUUUAAGAUAUUUAUGAUUUACGGAUGCAACCUUAUUAUCCACCUAUGUAAAUCUUUGGUGUUUGGCAGUAAAUUUCUCAGAGUUAAUUUAUUUCAUUUGAUCAGGUCCCCUGGUUUGCAAAACACAGUAAACCAGGAGUCAAAAACAUUUUCCACAAGGUAUUUUUGAAUUUGUGAGCCAGAUGGUUUCUGUAGCAAAUCCUCAUUUCUGCUGUUUGUGUGAAAACAGUCACAAUUCUUUUUAAAUGAUGGAUAUGGCUGUAUUGAGUUUUCAGUGUGACCCUUACAUUACACAGUGGUUUUUAUACAUUAAGGUGCUGAUGUCUUAUAUUUAUCACUGAAGUUAGAAGUUUAAAUUGUGCCUAAAAAUUUAAACUCUGUUGAUUGCAUUAUGAAAUACUAAUCAGUAUUUCAAUUGAGAAAAUAUUUUAAAAUUUAGAUAAUUGUGUAUAUAGAAAAGAUGGGUCAUUCUCCAGAUACAUUGAUGAAAUAGGAUAACUCAGCAAGAAUAAAAGUGAUCAUAAUAUAUUCAAACAUUGAUACUAGAGCAUUUCCUUAUGGUAAAAUUUACAGUUUAAAACAUAAAGGCGGGUCUAUAAACCUGAAUGUUUGAAACCUCUCUCUAGGUAUUCAUUUAUUUAUUUCACAUUUUCUGUGUCAGAAAAAUCACGGUAGUAGAUCACAUUGCUAUUUUAACGCGUUUUUUUUUUUUUAUUUGCUUUUUGGGUCACACCCGGCAAUGCUCAGGGGUUACUCCUGGCUCUGCAUCUCAGAAAUUACUCCUGGCGGUGCUCGGAGGACCAUAUGGGAUGCUGGAAAUCGAACCCAGGUCGGCCGCGUGCAGGGCAAAUGCCCUACCCACUGUGCUAUUGCUCCAGCCCCUAAUGCUUCAUUUUUGACAUUAGAGAAUCAUUCUGAAAAGAUUCCUUUCUCUAGUACUAGUUUGGGUAUGAGAGUGCUACAACCAAGUCAUUAUUUUUUAAUCAUCUUUGUGUAAUUUUUUUUUAAUUUUGUUUACAUCUGUCUUGUUCAUCUAUAAGGAAUUAAUUUUAUGAAAUAUAUAAUUUCUCUCUGUAUAAAGAAUAAUUUUAUUUUUGGAGAUUAAUUGUAUUAAAUCAUGUCAGCUCGCUAAAUUAUCCUGUUAUAUCUUUAAAAUUAAUCUUGGAAGAAGAGAAAAUUAGUGUAUUUACUUUGUAAAAAGUGGUAAGACUUAUUCAUCUGAAAAAUUCGUGUAAAUUUAUGUAAAUGUUGCAAAAAUUUGUAUUUUAUAAAUCUUAAAGUUGAUAUUAUAGGUCUUUAUUUUUUCUUGACUUUUCCUUUUGAAUACUAUGUCUUAGCAAGUGAUCAGCUUAAGAAUUUAAAAGCCUAAUUGUUGGGAAAUGAUUGAGGCACAGAUAAAAAUAUGAGCAUCCACUGUUUACCACUAUGUUAUUUGACGUAGAAGUGACCAUGUAUAUACUAUCUUGCUUGAAGAAGUUUUUGACAAAAAAAAAAAAAGCAGUAUCUGUCAUUUGUAAAUUUUCUUGUUCUAAAGAAAGCAGUUAUGUCCUAUAAAGUAUGUAAAUAAAAGUUAUUUUAUACUACCUCUUUUUUGUUAUUUUCAAAUGACUGAAUAAAGAUAUUAAUGUUUAGUUAA